CGCAGAACGUAGUUUUACUUAUGGAGUUUGGAGCGGUUAAGUGCAAGUCUUCCGGUUGAUAUUUUUAUUUUAUGUGUGUUUUCAUCCCUCCUGGGUGAUUACAGUCUUUCUUUGGAUCUCGCUGUAGUUUAGGAUGAAGGGACAGCAGAAAAGCCCGGAUUCAGAUGGGACUGUUCCUAUAAUUGAGGAAGGUGCAGUCGCCACCGCAGAGGAUCCUUCCGCAAUCCCUGCCAUCCAGUCAGCAGCAACUUUCUCUUCAGAUCAACCCAUCAAAUAUCUCUUCAAAACAGAAGGGGCUGGUGGUCAGGUGACCUACCGAGUAAUCCAGGUGUCAGAGGGGCAGUCGGAUAGGACCGGAGCUGUUAGUGUGGUGACUGGAUUUCCUGCUGGAACGGCUCAGCCAGUGACCCAGGCUGUUUUUUCCCAGUCUGAGGGCUUGGAGGGAGAAAGCACUGAGACCCAGUAUACUUACUACCCUGCCACAAUUUCUGAAGCUGCUCCUACAACCAUGGUGACUAGCGUGCAGGCCCCUGAUUCACUGUUAAACCAAAGCACACCUACAGGGCAGCUGUACGUGAUGAUGUCUCCCCAGGAUGUUCUCCCCAGUGCCCACCAGAGGUCCAUUGCUCCUCGGACACAGUCAUACAAUGUCAAAUCAGAUGCCCCGAGGACAUCUCGAGAUGACAAAAGGAGAGCACAGCACAAUGAAGUUGAGCGCAGACGCAGAGACAAAAUAAAUAACUGGAUUGUCCAGCUGUCCAAGACCAUUCCAGACUGUACUACAGACUCCACCAAGACUGCACAGAGCAAAGGGGGGAUCCUGUCCAAGGCCUGCGACUACAUCCAAGAGCUUCUGCAGAGCAACGUUAGGUUAGCGGAAGAGCUGAGCUCUCUGGAGAGGCUUAGAAUGGACAACCAGCUACUACGGCAAGAGGUGGAAGAUUGGAAAUCUAAAAACCAGGCUCUGAGGAACCAGCUGCGACAGCACGGCGUUGUGGUUGCACCAGCUGUUGACCCCCAGUGACAGAAAUAAAGGAAUUAGAAAGAUUGGCGUUUUUGAAGGGACUUUUGGUGUCAAGGUGUGAAUAUUCUCAGCAAGGUACUGCUUUAUGUUGCUUGAAAUGAAAUGUCUGUUCUCACAAAACUUAACUACCAGUUCUUUUUUUUUUUUUUAUUUUCAGUAAUUUCGCUGUUACCAUAUUUUUGUUCGUUCUCCUCAGAGAAGAAAAUGGUCAAAGCUGGCCUGUGCUGGAUUUAAUCAUUUAUCUCUAAGACUAAGGAUGAGAACUUUAAAUAUCUUCGUAUUCAUGUGGUCUGCUGGAACAGUAGAACAGAACGCACAAUGGACUGAUGGGUAAACAUCUGUAUAACGUAAUGUGGGAGGAAUGUUUUAUGUCUGCUGUUGUUCUGGAUACCUGGGCAGAGCACUGCAAUUGAUCACAUGUGGUAUAACUGCCCAGGAGUGUUUUCAUUCUAUUUUUUAAAUGGUGUUUUUUGCUUCUUGGUCUUUGUUUUUUUUGCUUUGCAUUACGCAUAUUUAGUGUCCAUAUACAACAUUUAAAUGUCUGUGCACAGGUUUUAGAAGAAUGAUUGGGGCUGUUGCUUCAAAGACAUGGACAUUGUCUUUUUAAAUGGUGUUCUCUGUGAUCUUGUUCUUAUGUAUAUUUUUACCUUUUUAAACGUGUCUAGUGUUCAACUGCAGUAGUGAAUAAGCUACAUCUUCAAGUACCUUUGUAUAAAACCUUGCAUGCAGGAAAUAUUUAGAAAUGACUGUUUUAGAAUGUAUUAGUCUGACUUCUGCCCCCAUAAAAAUUGUGCUCUGUGAGCUCCGCAUAGCAUAUUAAAGUUCUGUAGUGAGUUAGAGGAAAAUUCUCAUUGAAAGAUAGGUGAGCUCAGUUUCAAGAAUAGACACCCCUCGACUUAGGCAAAUAGACCGUUCUUCAACCCCUUAUGUAAGUCAAAAGUUAUAUAUG